UCUAAAUUGUGAAGAAUAAGACCAUGAGACCACAACAACCAUCGUUCAAGAAGGGAGGAGCUUAUAACAAGGGAGGAUCGUUCAAGAAAAACGAUCAUGGUAAACAUGUACCAACUCCCGGAUCAACACUUCCUAAAUCGAUGCAGGAAGAAUUAGACGGUCAAGACAAGGAUGAUCGCAAGUUUGGAAGAAAGUUUAAAAUUACUGCUUCUACCCGUAAGGAUUUAAGAAAGCAAAAGAAAUUAGAAAAAGGCAAGCGCAAUGCUCAACACCACCAAAAGAGAUCUGCACCUGAACAACAUGCCCCUCCCAACAAACGUCAAAAGGUGCAAGAGCCUGUUGCCAAGCCAGUAAAGAAAGUGGAGCCACCUAAAAAGAAGGAAGCACCUAAGGGAAAAUCAUCUGCCGAAGCCAUGCAGCGUUUAUCCAAAUCUAAUCCUGGACUUUACAAAUUAUUAAAAGCAGAUAACUUGAUUGAAGGUGCUGCCGAUGAUGAUACCAAUGACGAAUUUGCCGACGAUGAUCGUGAUAUUGCUUAUUGGGAAAAGAAAUUAGGCAUGAACAAGAAAAAGGUCAAGACCUUGGGCAAGGAAUUCGAGGAAGAUGGUUUAUUAGAUAUUCUCGGCGGCAUUGAAGGCGAGGAAGGUGAUGAUGAUCAAGAAUACCUUCGUAAGAAGAGACAAAGACUUGCCGAAAAGAAGCGUUUGAAUGAUAUGGAAGGCAAGGCAGAAGAGGCUGUUGAUGAUAUAUUUGCUGGUUUAGAUAGCGAGGAAGAAGAAGAUGAGGAUGAGGAUGAUGAAGAUAUGGAAGGUUUAUUAGACGCAGAGGAAAGCGAUGAAGAGUCCAUGAACGAAGAUCAAAGUGAGGAUGAUGACGAAGAAAUCAUUGACGAAGAUGACGUUGAUAGUGACGAGGAAGCCUUAAAUGAGGAAAGCGAAGAGGAGGAGGAAAAGGAAGAGGAAGUACAAGAGCAACCUAAGGCCAGUGUCUUGACAAAAUACGUCCCUCCUCAUUUGAGAAAGACUGCAGUUACCAAGAGUGAACAACAAAUGAAGCUCCACAAACAACUUCAGGGUCAACUUAACAGAUUGAGUGAGAGUAAUAUGGAGAGUAUCUUGCUUGAAAUUGAAAAGUGUUACGGUAUCUACCCUCGUCAUGACGUUACCUCAACAAUUUCCGAUUUAAUUUUAACAUCUAUCGCACAAAAGAACAAUUUGUUGGAUUCAUUUGUUAUUACAUACGCCACCAUUGUUGCUAGUCUCUAUCGUUUAAUUGGUAUUGAAUUUGCUGCCCAUUUCGUCCAAACUUUGGUUGAAAUGUUUGAAAAGGAUCAUAAAAAAUGUUUGGAAUCUAUUCAAAGAGGCGAUGACAAUGGCGAUGAAGGAUACGAAGGAGCUAGAGAAACUAAGAAUUUGUUGACCUUGAUUUUAGAAUUAUACAACUUCCAAGUCUUGUCAUGUGUGAUUAUUUACGAUAUCGUUCGUGAACUUAUCAGCAGUUUAGAUGAACACUCAGUGGAUCUGUUACUUCGAAUUAUCAGAACUGCUGGUCCUGAAAUGCGUAACGAUGACCCUGCCUCUUUAAAGCAUAUUAUUGAUGAAAUCCAAAAGGAAACUGCUAAGCGUGACCCUUCUACUAUAUCCACUCGUCAUAAAUUCAUGCUUGAAACGAUUGCUAAUGUAAAGAACAACAAGAUCAAAAACGGACAAACAGCUGGUGGUCAAGGUGACAAAGAAAUGGUUUCAAAGAUGAAGAAGUUCUUGAAUGGAUUAUCAAAGAAACGAUCUGUACGUAGUACAGAAGCAUUACGUGUCAGUUUGGAUGAUAUCCGCAAUGUUGAAACAAAGGGUAAAUGGUGGUUGGUUGGUUCCUCUUGGAAAGAUAACCUUGUGGGCACAGAAAGUAAAUACACGUCUAUGCCUGAGGAUUUGAAAAAAGAUCAAUCCUUACAAGAAGCUUUGUUGAAAUUGGCAAGAAAGCAAGGCAUGAAUACUGAUAUCCGUAGAACAAUCUUUGUCACUAUUAUGAGUUCCGAGGAUUAUUUGGACGCAUUUGAAAAACUCAUGAAACUUGGUUUGAGUGAAGUACAACAACGUGAAAUAUGUCGUGUUAUGUUACAAUGUACUGGAAAUGAAAAAUCAUUUAACCCUUAUUACAUGCUUGUGAGUAAACGAUUGUGUGAAGUGGAUCAUUCAUUCAAGGUGACUUUCCAAUAUUGUCUUUGGGAUUUUCUCCGAGAAUGUGGUGAGACUGAAGUUGGUGGAUUAGAAAGAAGCGCCAGUGAGAACCAUACCGAAGAGAGCAAAAACAUGCGACUCAGCAAAUUAAUGAACAUGGCCAAAUUUUAUGCGUCUUUGGUUGCAGAGGGUGCGCUUACAUUAGCCAUCUUAAAAAGUGUCAAUUUCAUGUCUGUGCAGCGUAACGCUCGUAUUUUCUUAGAAAUCUUCUUUGCUAAUCUUUUAUUACAAUUACACUCUGGAGGUGCACAAGCUAUCGCUAAUGUAUUUGGUAAGAUUAUUGAAUUACGUACUCUUUCUCAGGGUUGUAUCUUUUUCAUGCUGGAAUCCGUUGUGCGAGGUAAACAUUCUGGUCUUGGUGAAGAAGACUUGGAGAAGGUCCAAUGGAGCUGUAAAAUCGCUCGUGAAGUUUUGGGUAGUAAAUAGAAAAAUAAAAUACAAUAGAAUCAAUUUCAAUAGAAAAAAAAA